CAUCAGAUCAUUGGAUUCCUCCUCUAAAGACAAUGUGCUUCCCGGACCCCACAGUUAAUUGCAAAUCCGGUGAUGAUGAGGAGGCUAUAUUGAGCUUGUAACCAUGGAAACAUUUCGUAGCGGUAGGCAGUGUAGCCCAUAACGUUACACCUGUGCAGGUAUCUGAAAGACAACGUGUCUCUGUGAGCGCUAGUAGUGGGGUGACCGAUCUCGACCGCCUGUCGACUGAUCCACAUUCAUCGCACCGCGCUCUUACUCACAAUUUAUAGAUUUCUCUUAUGUGGCGAACACUGUUUGUUUGAUUAGCGUCUACCGCUAACACCUGACGGCACUUUGUUUUCGGUUUUGGGGGAAGAGUCGAAGAACAGUACGAGGAUUCGGUGAUAUCUCAUUAACGAUUUUUUAGUGUGCGCCUCGAAGCUGGGGACAUUCUGUACAUUAGUGAAGUCAUAUUUGAGAAAAUAAUAUACAAGUACAGGAAGACGUCUUUCCUAGUGGUUCGUCACUGGAGGUAAUCAACGAGCACACCGUCGUUUACAGAGUUCAGUGUGUGGGAAGGAGUGACACGCACUCGGAACAAGGGAGACAUACGUCGCUGUGUUGAGGUCCAUCUGUGUAGAAGUCAGCGCCCCGCACUGGGUGACAUCUAGGAAACUUGGACACGCCGAGGGACAGAAGCAGCACCAAGAGUCACUUAAGGAGAGGACUGAAAACCCAUUUGGAGAUUACCGUUCUGUUUGAAUUACCCACGGACCUUAUGCCGCGGGCUUUCUAAUCUUUGUGACGGAGGAGAUGUCAGUGUUGAAGAACCGUUUGUCCAUUUUGAGCGGCUUUCUGGCCGACUGUUCUCCAGCAGACGCCAUUCCCCGACUCGCAGACUCUGGAGCCGAGGACAUGGUGACGAACACAACAGCGAACUUACCGACUACUGGUGAGUUGGACCCAGGCAGCCCGGAUGAGAACAAGCCCCUGGCUCUUCACCUGGGAAACAAGUCGCCCCUGUCUGAGAAACUGCCGAGUCGAGGACACCCGGAGAGGAAGCGCCGCGCCAGUAACGAUAGCUCGGACAGUGUGAUUACGAAGACGAGCGAAGGUGGCGCCACUGACGACAUGCACGGCGGGAAGGACGACGAAGAUGACAAUGAUGAUGACGAGGACGAGAAGAUAACGGCAAACUACGACCCAGAGCGACUCAAAGCGUUCAACAUGUUCGUACGACUGUUUGUUGAUGAGAACCUCGAUAGAAUGGUCCCCAUUUCCAAGCAGCCAAAGGACAAAAUCCAGGCCAUUCUAGAAGCCUGUGACAGACAGUUUCCGGAAUAUCACGUGCGAUCCAGAAAGAGAAUACGAACGUAUCUUAAAUCCUGCCGUCGGAUGAGGCGCUCCAAGGAACAGAACGGCUGGGAGCCGCAGCUCCGACCUACACCGCCUCAUUUGACGUCGGCCGCAGCAGAAGGUAUCCUGGCCAGUGCGUGUGACAAUGAAAGCCAGAAUGCAAAGCGCAUGCGCAUGGGGUUGGAUCCACUUCCGGCCUCUGCAAUGCCAAACAAUACCAUCAUCCCUUCCUCUCAAUCUCAACAGCCCUCUCAGCCCGCGCGCCAGACGACCACCCCGUCAAGCAUCCAAUCCCAGCCGGCCCAAGUGGACCGCCACGUGCCUACCAACGACUUCCUACGUCAUCAGAUCCCGCCUCCUGCCUUCAGACCUCCGCCGGAGUUCCAUCCGCCAUUCUUCGCCAAUGGCAACGGGUUGUUUCGUCCCGGGUUCCCCAACUACCAGCACCCUGCACACCACCACCCCCCAGUCAUCCAGCACCCGCUGCAGACGAAUUCAGUCCAGAACGGAGAAUUUGGCCCCACUGACCUGAGCAUGAAGAAGAGCAGUUCUAAGAAUCAGCUGAGCGCCAACGAGGUGGCCACCAUCAAACAGCUGAUCGCCGGAUACAGGGAGUCGGCCGCCUUCCUCUACCGCUCAGCAGACGAACUUGAGCAGCUGCUGCUGCAGCAGAACUGACGUCACUUCCGGAACACACGUCGCUUCCGGAAUUCACAGUGACCGAUGUAUCCUGGCGGG